AUGAGCAGCACAGAAGUCAUCGUUGGCCGCUCUUACUAUUGGGGCAUUUUGAUUACCAUGCUCUUCCAUGGCUGCUCGAUAGCUAUGUUUCUUACUUACGCUAGCACGAUGCUCGCAGACACUCGCCGAGGCCGUUUGCAGUACAUCUACGUUGUGUACGGCCUCGUCUUGAUCAUUGUGACGACACUCGCUAUCCUUACAAAUGUUAUCAUCGGGCAAUGGGCGUUCGUAGACGAUCCAUCCGCUUCAGGACCGGCACAGUUUAUCCUGACACAUACUAAUGAUUGGUUGGGAAUUAUGGACAUUGCGACGACAAUCAUCCUGGAUUUCAUGGUAAAUGUGCUUACCCUUUAUCGCUGCUUCAUCAUAUGGGGAUCGCGCUGGUCGAUCGUCAUUGGGCCUGGACUUAUCCUUCUGGCUACGGAGAUAAUGGCUAUCACGUAUGGUGUCGAACAAUAUGAUGCAGGUGGAAGCCGCUUCGGAGCAGCCACCAAGAACAUUGGCAUUUCUUGGUUCACUCUGUCAAUCGGAUUCAACAACAUCGUCACCGUCUUGGUAUGCACGAGACUGGUCAUGGCGAAGUUCAGGAUAGGCAGGAUAGCUCCGCAUCUCUCGAGAACCUACACAGGCGUUAUCGCGUUCGUCAUCGAAUCAGCAGCACCGAUGAGUAUCUCCGGUAUCAUAUACCUAGUCACCUACGGACUGGAGGUCCCUGUGGUAUAUGCCUUCUCACAAAUCUGGGGAACAUUAUCGAGCAUGACACCUCACCUGAUCAUUCUUCGGGUAUCAAUGGGUCGUGCAUGGUCUGUGCACACUGCGGCUGAGCUCACCAGCGGGAACAGCCUCCGCAGUGGAAUUUCCGCAAACUUAUCAACCAUGCGGCGGGGCAACGGAGACGUCAUCGAGCUCACCGGAAGAAGCAGGGAGCAGAUUGCCUCUGAGCUUGGCGAUAGUAUUAAAGGACCGUCUAUGGGCGAUGUUUGA